GUCCAUGAAUAUAAAUUCAGUCUUGUCUUCAAGAUUGUCAGUUCGGCUUGCACUUGCAUUCUAUAAAGUACCUACAAAAUGAAUUUUAAUAUGUCGAUGAUUUGUUUCGCACUGCUCCUGAUUGUUACUUUGUGCUCGGCGUAUUCUGUCCAACAACGUCAAGCUGACAGUCUUAGGGUUGCUGAAAUUAUACGAACCUCCCAGGACGAAAAUACCAAAAUCAACAGAAUCCAGGAACUACUUACCAUAUACAAUCGUAUGGCUCCCAGCUUAAGACCAGCUGAAAGGGCGAGACUUGACAAAUUCAUCAGUGAACAUACGCAAGAAGUCCUAAUCGAUGGAGUUCCCACCCAAGGUGGUUCUAGGAUGAAAAUCAUAAGGAAGACCCUGGCUCCGGCUGCAAAGGACGUGGCAACUGGAUUCUUUACCGAACUCGGUGCAAGUAUUGCAAGCAUAUUCACUAACUGGUUUAAAUCUAGCACCGAACCAAGCCAUUGAUAUUAUUGAGUUCUUUCUUUUAAUAAAAUAAAUUCCGUUUUGAAAGUGAA